UGGGUGCCCGCAGCCCCGUUGAGGCCUGCCCUGCGUGCUGCGGGCCUGGACGGGGAGGGGGCGGCGCUGGCGGCGGCUUCACCGGGGUGGGCGGCCUGGGCUGGCUGAGCACUGGCUGCGGCCCGUCGGGGGAGGAGGGGAAGGCCGGGCAGCGCCCAGCCCAGCGUCUCUGAUGUGGGGGGCCUUGUGACCCACAGCGUCUGCAUCAGGAGGGCCCCGAGUCAAACUUGGGGUAUGGAUGGAUGGGGUCUGGCGAGUGAGCACCUAAGAGGUUGACGUUCCACUUCAGAGGGUCAUUCAGUAAUUAAACACCCUCCCACCCAACGUGCUCUCUGAGGCACCCUAUCUCUGCUAGGCAGGUUUGCUGCAGGGGGUCCGUGCCUUUGAGCCUGUUUCCCAUGUGUUCAGGAAGAGCUGGGAUAGAUGGCUUUCUAAAAGCCUCGCAGUUCUUAAAAUAACAAUAACAGAACUCAUGGGAAAUAAAACGAAGAUUUUUUUUUUAAACCUGUCUACCUCUGGGCUUAGGUCUCCAGAACCCUUUCAUGGCAUGUAAUUCUGGCGGAACCAUCCUGGGUCAUGUAAGAAAAAUGCCACAUCUUUUGUAAGAAGUCUGAUGUGUUUCGUUAUGCGCUUUUCUAGUAUGUUGGCAUGGAUCCUGGAGCCCCCAUUCUCUUAACCAUACAAGGAGGGAGAAAGAGAGACAGGUAGAAUCUAUGAACUGUGGCACAGAGGAGUUCUUCCUCUUUCUUCUAGGAGUUUGAGGAUUUGAGCUUGUUCGUUUUAUCGUUUUAGGUAUCUUUAUUUAAGGGUAAGAUCAAGCCACAGGUUUACUGGAACUGAUGACAUUGUAUCAGGACUUAAGUAGAAGAAGGGGAAAGAGACUGGCCUUGUGAUUCUUCACCCCUUCCCAGUACUCCAGGUCCCUAAAUAGAGGAAACAAAAUAUACUAUUUUCCUUUGAGCUCAGAUUCAACUGGCUAAUAGAGAUGUCUUGCCCUGUUGGCUUUAUUUACUAUAGUGAGCCUUUUUUUCUGUUUGAGUUAAAACCUUGUGUUAGGCAGGCAUCUAACCUGCCCUCCAGAUAUUUUUUCCUUCUUCCUACUAAUUGUAGGCAAAUAGCCCUCAGGUAGACAGACUUAAUGUACCUCUUGUGUUGGCUCUGUUGGUUUCUUUACCUGUGUGAGUGAGGCUUCCAUCUAAGGGAUCUGUCUAGUCUUGCUACCAACUCAAGGGCUGAGAGUUAAGAUGUCCUUGACCACUUUCAGUGUUUGCAGAAGUAUGCAUCUCUGUGUAUGUUGACAACUCAUCGCUUGCAUUAGGUUUCCUAGGGGAUCUCGACACCACCAUAAUCAAUAAUGUCUUUAAGGGAUAGGGCCUUCCAUCCCCAUGUGCCUGUGGUAAGCCUCCCAUAAGUGUUAAAUCACCAAGCCUCUGACCUGGCUCACACCUAUCAGCUACCUGUCUAUAAUUGAGGCCUAGAGUCCGUGUGACCUGAGGCAAGGCACAUGUGACCUCUCCUAUUUUCUGUGUUUUCGUAGGCUAAAGGUGGAUAACUCCAGUAGCAUCUAGUUCAUCAAGUUUUGUGGGGCUCAGGUGAGGUAAUCCUUUGAAACGCUUACAUAGUUUAUGGCACAUAAUAAAUCCUAAGUAUUUACCCUCCUAAUAAGCUCCCAUAUAACAGUUAUGGGUCGUACUUUCUCAAAGAUCUGUGCUGGACAAGGUCUCAAAAUCUUCAGUCCUUGGCUUAAAAGUAUAUUGCUACUGUGGUGAAGUCACGUGAGUCAACGAGGAGCCGUAAGAAAGACAGCUGCGGGAGGCAUGCCGUUUAGACGAGUCGUCCAUAGAUGGCAAAAGGAGCCUCGUUACUUACCUAGUCUUUUCAGCUUAUCAGUGUACAGUUGACUCACUCCACAGCCAUUUAUCGAGCGCGGGUUAAUUUCCUUACAGAACACUCUUGAGAGAACACAGAGGCUGAACAGGGAGUCCUUGAAGGAAUAGUAUGAAGAAAAGAACAAAAAUGGUUACAGGAAAACUCCGUGUAGAUCCGGUAAAGGUAUUGAAUGACUAGAUUAAUGGACGAGGCACUCAUGGGAGAGCAUGGCUCCUCGUGGUUCAAGAUUUUAAUGUGGAUGUGGCAAGAUGCGGAUCAGAGUGCCAAAAGGAACCACAUCUUUAUUCUGCCUCUGGUCCCUAACACCCUUGUCACACUUAAAACUAGUGUAAUAUCUGCACGGCUUCUCUCAUGGCAGGCCUGCCUUCUCCCUCAUUCCUCAAGAGCCACACUGAGGGAGCCAAGCCCAGCAAUGUACACCUGUCCCAGUGGGCCAUCUACCUAGGAAACCUGGACUCCUGAGGAGGCUGAAUUGCCUGUGUUACCCGCCACCAUAUCUCAGUGUCCUUUUCUUGGAGCAGAAGCCAGUCGCCUUGCCCCAAGCCCCAGCCUCUGCAGACAAACAAGCAGGCUAUAGUGGAAAGGGCAGCGAUAGGUCCAGCAGCUGGACAUGGAGGACGAACACUCAUCACCUCUGUCAUUCUCCGGCGUUCCACACGAAGAGUCUGUGCAUCAGGCCCCUGCUGGACUCCCCAGAGAAACUGUGUUCCCUUCUUGCAUUCUUCCCCCCAAAGAAAUUCCUUCCUUGUCUCCCACCGCCCCCCGGCAAAGUCCCCUGCCCCAGACUGACAGUACUCCUAAGCAAGAGACUUCUGGCCAGAUGUCACAUGUUCUCCAGAAGGGACCUUCACUCCUGUAUCCUGCCACCUCUGAGCAAGACACACACCACCAGGUAUCCCUGGCUUCCCAAGAAGAAACCCAGUACCCUCCUUCAGCUGCUGGUCAGGGGACCCCUCUCCUUUCCCACUCCAUCCAACAUCAGGAAGCUCCACCCCACUCUCCUGAGGUGCCUGAGAAAGACUCGCUGACUCUGUCGCCCACGGUUCCGGAGACUGACAUGGAUGCCCUGCUCCAGAGUCCCACUUCGCAAAAGGACACUCCUUUUCCUGCCUCCUCUGCAACCCAGAAGGAGCAGCCGCUGCCCACCGCAGAGAUCACUCGCCUGGCUGUGUGGGCUGCCGUCCAAGCGGUGGAGAGGAAACUGGAGGCCCAGGCCAUGCGGCUGCUGACCCUGGAGGGCAGGACAGGGACGAAUGAGAAGAAGAUAGCAGACUGUGAGAGAACGGCUGUGGAGUUUGCAAACCAUCUGGAGAGCAAGUGGGUCGUACUGGGGACUUUACUGCAGGAGUACGGGCUGCUGCAGCGGCGCCUGGAGAACAUGGAGAAUCUGCUGAAAAACAGAAAUUUCUGGAUCCUGCGGCUACCCCCAGGCAGCAAUGGAGAAGUUCCCAAGGUCCCUGUCACAUUUGAUGAUGUCGCCGUCCAUUUCUCAGAGCAGGAAUGGGGAAACCUCUCUGAGUGGCAGAAGGAGCUCUACAAGAAUGUAAUGAGGGGCAACUAUGAGUCUCUGGUCUCUAUGGACUAUGCAAUAUCCAAACCAGACCUCAUGUCACAGAUGGAGCGUGGAGAAAGGCCAGCCAUGCAGGAACAAGAGGACUCUGAGGAGGGUGAGACACCCACAGACCCCAGUGCUGCACAUGAUGGCAUCGUGAUUAAGAUCGAGGUGCAGACCAAUGAUGAGGGCUCAGAAGAACUGGAGACACCAGAGCCGCUGAUGGGACAAGUGGAAGAACACGGCUUUCAGGACUCAGAGCUGGGUGACCCCUGUGGAGAGCAGCCAGACCUGGACAUGCAGGAACAAGAGAACACGCUGGAGGAGUCCACCGAGGGCUCCAGUGAGUUCAGCGAGCUCAAACAGAUGCUGGUGCAGCAGAGAAACUGCACGGAGGGGAUCGUGAUAAAGACUGAGGAGCAGGAGGAGGAUGAGGAAGAAGAAGAGGAGGAUGAGCUGCCACAGCAUUUGCAAUCCCUUGGGCAGCUAUCCGGGAGGUACGAGGCCAGUAUGUACCAGACCCCACUUCCUGGGGAGAUGUCCCCCGAGGGCGAGGAGAGCCCCCCACCCCUGCAGCUGGGCAACCCAGCAGUGAAGAGGCUGGCGCCCAGCCUUCAUGGGCAUUCACAUGGCCAUGGUGAGCGGCACCUGGGUGAGAACCGUGGGUCCUCCAGCCAGCAGCAGCGGAAUCGACGAGGCGAGCGGCCCUUCACUUGCAUGGAGUGCGGCAAGAGCUUUCGGCUGAAGAUUAACCUUAUCAUCCACCAGCGCAACCACAUCAAGGAGGGGCCCUAUGAGUGUGCCGAGUGUGAGAUCAGCUUCCGCCACAAGCAGCAACUCACACUUCACCAGCGCAUCCACAGGGUGCGCAGCGGCUACGUCUCCCCAGAGCGCGGGUCAGCCUUCAAUCCCAAGCACUCACUCAAGCCGCGCCCCAAGUCGCCCAGCUCAGGCAGUAGUGGUGGCUCCAAGCCCUACAAGUGUCCCGAGUGUGACAGCAGCUUCAGCCACAAGUCAAGUCUGACCAAGCACCAGAUCACACAUACGGGAGAGAGGCCCUACACGUGCCCGGAAUGCAAGAAGAGCUUCCGCUUGCACAUCAGCCUGGUGAUCCACCAGCGUGUGCAUGCUGGCAAGCACGAGGUCUCCUUCAUUUGCAGCCUGUGCGGCAAGAGCUUCAGCCGCCCAUCGCACCUGCUGCGCCACCAGCGGACUCACACCGGCGAAAGGCCCUUCAAGUGCCCGGAGUGCGAGAAGAGCUUCAGCGAAAAAUCUAAGCUCACCAACCACUGCCGCGUGCACUCGCGCGAACGGCCGCAUGCAUGCCCCGAAUGCGGCAAGAGUUUCAUCCGCAAACACCACCUGCUGGAACACCGGCGCAUCCACACGGGUGAGCGGCCCUACCACUGCGCCGAGUGUGGCAAGCGCUUCACGCAGAAACACCACCUGCUGGAGCACCAGCGAGCACACACUGGCGAGCGGCCCUACCCCUGCACGCACUGCGCCAAGUGCUUCCGCUACAAACAGUCGCUCAAGUACCACCUGCGGACCCACACGGGCGAGUGAGCAUGCGCCCCGCCCCUGCCCCGGCCAGAUGAGCAGCUAGAUGCAAGGGUCUAUGGCCCCUGGGACCGGUGCCUCAGUUGCCCCCAGGCUGAGCCCAGUGGGCGGGAGCGGGGCGCCCCAAGCCCUUCUGCUGUGAACCCUCCUCCCCUCCUGUCCCUUCUCCCCAGGACGGGUAGUGAAACCAGGUCUUUUGUUGCCUGCUUCCCCCAGGGUCCCAGGGGGGGAGCUCUUGGGCCUGGGGAACCCCUUCAGGCUGUUAAUUUCCUUGACAAUAAAAUGGAUGAAAACAAUC